AUGAGUUUUACAAGCGAUUGUGAUAGAAAUGAUUAUUUCAACAACUGCUGGACAUCGAGUGAUAGUGAACAUUCUUUUCCAAAGGUGUCAAGUGAAGACUCUUUAGAUCAAAUAGAUGGUAAAAUGGAUUUUAAUAAUGACAUUGAGCUAAAUGUUACCGGUGAUACGAGAUAUGACCAUAAGAAGAAGUCAAUGUCUAGAUCAGAUUUUGAAUUAGAUUCUGCACCCAGCAUUAACUCUACUGAUUCCAUAACCAGUUCAGUAACCUGUGACCAAGGUGGCGGUAAACUACAAUUUAAUAGCAAACUGGAAUAUGCAAGUAAUGAAGAAGUUCCUAAUUUGGUGGAUGACGAUUUUAUGGGUGAUGAAAAAAUUUCUGAUAAUGAUGAGUCUGUGGAUGAAUUAUCGGAUGAAGUGGAUGACGAGUUUAUAAUGAAGCAACUUGAAAAAUUGAUUAUUCGUCGAAAUAAGAAAGACAAUGAAGCUCGUUUGAGAUGGUUGACAUUUUUACGUGAACAGAAAGAAGCGGAAGAAGAAGAAAAACAGUUUCAGGCAUAUUGGAAAAGAAGACAUCAAGAAGACAAGGAUUUAUGGAGAGAUAAAGAUUUUGCAAAUGCAAUUUAUAAAAUGUGCCGAGCUGGCUACAAGGGAAAACGUGGCCAUUUUGAUGUACCCGAGCAAACUCUACAACAAAUGAAUGCCCUCUACAUGCAGAUUACUGUAGGCGAUUACGAUGGAAACAAACAUUUAAAAUGUGCAAAUGAAUGGAAAAAACUUCGUGGCAAAACAAAAAUUGACUGUCAGAGAGAAUUUAUAAAAGUAACCAAUCGGACAAUUACUAUGUAUGGAUGGAAUCCACCGGAUGGUUGGCUAUAG